UGUAAAUGAAAGUGAGACUACAAUAUCUCUUUUCUUAUAUGCAGCACUUAAAAACAGUUUGUCUCAUUUAUUCAUUUGGGUUUUUAUAAUUACAUUGUUUACUGAAAUGAAUGUAACAUAUAUCACUCUUGAUGGUUAUUUGGAAGUUGAAAAAUACAGAUAUGUUUACUUUUUUAUCAUGUUUAUAAGUUACAUUUUGAUCCUGUCAAGCAAUACUACAGUGGUUUGUGUGAUUGUGAUUCACAAAAACCUCCAUGAGCCUAUGUAUAUUUUUAUUGCUGCUUUGUUAGUGAACUCCAUGCUUUUCAGCACUGCUGUCUACCCAAAGCUUUUGAUAGACCUGUUAUCUGAAAAACAGAUUAUAACUUAUCAGCUGUGUAUUUUCCAGAGUUUUUUAUUUUAUUCUUUGAGUUGUUCUGAAUUCUUGCUGUUAACAGCCAUGGCUUAUGACAGAUAUGUGUCCAUAUGUAAACCUCUGCAAUAUCCAACCAUCAUGAGAAAAGCAAAAGUUAGCAGUUUCCUUUUUUUAGCUUGGCUUGUACCUGCUUGUCAUAUUGCUGUGCCUGCCAUUGUAUUUGCUUAUUUAAAACUCUGCAGCUUCAGUUUGAAAGGCAUUUAUUGCAACAUUUCAGUGAAUUAUCUUUUCUGUGUGGCUUCAAGGGCACUAUCGGUAUAUGGUGUAGUGGCUCUAUUCAAUAUUAGUCUUCUUCCAAUGCUUUUCAUUCUAUUUACUUACACAAGGAUACUUAUGGUUGCUUAUAGAAGUUGUGGAGAAGUCAGGAAAAAAGCAGCACAGACAUGUUUACCUCACCUGUUGGUUUUAAUCAACUAUUCUUGUUUGAUUACUUAUGACGUGGUUAUUGUUAGACUCCAGUCCAAUAUUUCAAAGACAGUACGUUUUGUAAUGACACUGCAAAUAAUAAUGUAUAGUCCUCUUUUCAAUCCGAUCAUGUAUGGAUUUAAAAUGAAAGACAUUUAUAAACACCUUAGAAGGUUAUUCUAUCAUUUUAGGGGACCGUAGCUGUAGCUGUAUUUAAGCUUUUGUAAUGUAUGCCCUUUUAGUGAAAUCUUUUGCUCAGUUCCCACAUAGUCUAACCAGUAAUGGUUGUCUGUGGGGAGAUUUCAGUUAGAAAACUUAAAGGUAAACAUUUACUGUCAAGGCUAGAAUGUUACUAGUUCUGUGUUUUUCUUAAAUGCAUUCAACUUAUCAGCAGAAAAUUAGUCUUAUUUGGCAUUUGUUUUCUCAAAUGCUCAACCCUGUAUAAUUUGUAGUGACGACAGCAAUGCCACCUUAAAAAUGAAUGAAAUUUUUAACACCUCAGCGGUUGUUUUAUGAAGCAGGAGAAAGGCUAUUCUGUGAUUUGUGCUUUCAUUUUUUCUCUUUACUGUGAAUAAUAAAACAAAUGUUACAGAGAUUUUCACUAUUAAUGUCCAGGAUCUUAGUAGCAAUAUAUUUACAGCCAAAACAAAAAUAUAAAAAAUGUUGGUCUUGUUGGUGUUAUAUAUGUAUUUACUGAAUAACAUUCAUACCAGUAUUUUUAAGUCAUUGUAAAACUUUUUUCCAAGAGCGUUCUUUUAAAUAUUAAAUGGAGUCUUAAAAAUGUUUUCACGGCCCUUAUUUUUUGUAUAUUUAUAUAUUAACAUAACUACGGACAUCAAUGUAUUUUAAUUAGAUUUUAAUGUGAUAGACCACCACAAACUAGUGCAUAAUUGUGAAG